UUUCAGCCACGUGCUAUGAGCGACGCCAGGCCUUUUAUUACAAACUGAUGGAUGUUCCAUAUCACAGAUUAACAGUAUUGAAGCUGUAAAGUCGUCGAGUUAGUUCGCGUUAUUUCUCCGCUGAUCCAUCUGCAUUAUUCACCUCGAUUUCUCCCAAGAUAAAUACUGAUAAAUGAACAGGUCAGCCACACGUGUGCAAGAAGGCUAAGCAUUUCUUCGGAAAAAAAAGAAACUGUAAUAUAUCUUUUCCUUUGUGUACAACAGAUUUGAAACAAAUCUGUAUUCAUGAAGAGUGAUUGCAUACAAACCACAACAUGUCAAGAAAGAAAAAAAGAUCCCAUAGAAAUGUUUCAUUCUGGGCAGCUGGUAAAAGUCUGUGCCCCCAUGGUUCGAUAUUCAAAGCUGGCUUUUAGAACGCUGGUAAGAAAAUACAGUUGUGAUCUGUGCUAUACACCAAUGAUAGUUGCUGCUGAUUUUGUCAGAUCCAUAAAAGCCAGAGACAGUGAAUUUACCACAAACCAAGGUGAUUGCCCAUUGAUUGUUCAGUUUGCUGCUAAUGAUGCAAGACUUUUAUCUGAUGCUGCUCGUAUAGUCUGUCCUUAUGCGAAUGGAAUAGACAUUAACUGUGGUUGUCCUCAGAGGUGGGCAAUGGCAGAAGGUUAUGGAGCUUGCUUAAUAAACAAGCCAGAGCUUGUUCGAGAUAUGGUGAAACAAGUAAGAAAUCAAGUGGAAAAUCCCAGAUUUUCCGUCUCUAUUAAGAUAAGGAUCCAUGAUGACCUUACAAGAACUGUAGAUCUUUGUCGAAAGGCCGAAGCAACCGGAGUUUCCUGGAUCACAGUCCAUGGAAGAACUGUUGAAGAAAGACAUCAGCCAGUUCACUAUGAGGCCAUUAAAAUAAUUAAGGACAAUGUGUCUAUACCUGUAAUUGCUAAUGGAGACAUCAGAAGCUUAAAAGAAGCAGAAAAUGUGUGGCAUAUUACUGGGACAGAUGGUGCGAAGAGCGACAUGACGCUCCAGUGGGUGGCAGUUGCAACCUUUCUGUACGCUGAAAUAGGACUCAUUCUCAUCUUCUGUCUGCCUUUCAUUCCUCCCCAGAGAUGGCAGAAGAUUUUUUCAUUUAAUGUGUGGGGUAAAAUUGCAACUUUCUGGAACAAGGCUUUCCUUACUAUUAUAGUCCUAUUAAUUGUUCUGUUUCUAGAUGCUGUGAGAGAAGUAAGGAAAUAUGCCUCUACUCCUGCCAUUGAAAAAAACUCAGCCAGCAGACCUAGUGCCUAUGAACACAUACACAUGAAACUUUUUAGGUCUCAAAGAAAUCUUUACAUUUCUGGCUUUUCAUUAUUUUUUUGGCUAGUGUUGAGACGUCUGGUUACCCUUAUUACUCAGCUGGCAAAAGAAUUGUCAAACAAAGGAGUACUUAAAAGUCAAGCAGAAAAUACUAACGAGGCUGCCAGAAAAUUCAUGCAAGAGAAUGAAAAACUAAAACGGGUCUUGAAAAGGUAUGGCAAGGAAGAGGAACACAUUUUGGAAGCAGAAAAUAAAAAACUACUAGAAGACCAGGAAAAACUGAAAACUGAACUGAAGAAGACUUCAGAUGCCCUUUCUAAGGCACAAAAUGACGUGAUGACAUUGAAGAUGCAAUCAGAGAGACUUUCGAAAGAAUACGUCCGACUCCUGAAAGAACACUCAAAGCUUCAGCCUUCUAGUUUUGGUGAAAUUUUAAGGAAAACAUUGAGCCACAAAAAUGACAGCAUUGAAAAACAGACUGGUUCUGGAAAAGGAUCGUUCAGGAAAAGACAAGAAAGGCCUGUGAACUUUAUCAAAGAAGAUUGUGAUACGCCGUGUCAAGAUGAUAAAUUUGUUAUCAUGUUAGCCUCUAGAAAACUUAAAUUUAAAAUUCAGUUCAGAAAAAUGUACUGUCUAUGACUGACCAAUAGUUUUUUAAUGUCACAUGGCUGUAUCAUAACGGCAUUAUCACAAUAUUUGCUGGUGUUUCAGAUAUACUGUAAAGUCUGUAUUCCAGCUCUUAAGAAAAAUAUAAGCAUGGUAAAAACCUUUAGUAACAGCAAAUUUAUUACCAAUAAAAGGAAAAUUUCGUUAGCCAGUUACUUCCAAAAUUAGAUUUUUAAGUUGCAUGAAACCAUUAAUAUCCUUAAAAUCUUUGAUGAGUUUCCAGUAAUAAUUAUAUUCUAUUUAAUCAGAUGAUGAUGAUGAUGUAUUUGAACAUAGUAUUCAAUGUGAGCAAAUUUGUUCAUAGGGAAAUUAAAUAAGUAUAAACAUUCAGAAUUAGCCACUAUAUUUAUAAGGAAGAGACAGAAAGAGCAAACAAAACAAUGACCUUAGUUGUUUUUUUUAAGCCUCAUGAUGCUGUGGUUUACUCUCUUAAGACAGCUAUGUUGAUAAUUAUAUUUUUGUUACUGUGCUUCUGCACCUGUUGUAUGGAUUUUGUUGACAUUUGUGUUAAUGAUGCAUAAUUAGUAAGUUUUCUACCUUGUCCAGUUCAUCUAGUAGCGGAGUUUACAUCUAUUUGCAUAGCUGCCAUAGCACUGAACUGAAGCUAUGUUACAGCAACGUGGAAUUCUUGACUUAGAGAGUUCGUGUGUUACAUAUCCAAACAGCGGUGUUUCCCCUCGCUGGGAACGCACACUUAGACAGAUAGUACCUCAAAUACGCAUACACUGGUGUCACAGUUUCUCUCAGAUGUUUCUGUAUUCUAAAAGCUAAAGUAUUAAAUACUAUUUUUCCACUCAAAUAUUCAUUUAGACUUUCCUUUAGAAGAUGAUAAUGAUUGUAAUAUCAAUGUGAUUCAGGUUGUUCCAGUGUCUAGAUGAAAAUCAUCUUCCUUGUCUCGUAAAAACCUAAAUAUAAAAGAGAAUAGAAAAUAAUUACUGGAGUUUUUCCUUUCCUGAUACUUGUUUCAUCCUUUGUUUAUUAUCAUUUUAGCACCAACCUCAUGCAUAUUUGAUUUCUUUCAUUGUAAAGUGGAUGAAAUGAGCAAGUACAUAGGAAUUUUAUUUCAGAUAAAAAUCGGGAGUUACUGCUAGAAAACAGACAUGUAGGAGACAUUUAAGAGGAGUGAGAACUGGGAGUGAUACCAUAUGGGCUGACGAGGCCGUAAAUAACAAGGAAGGGAGUGCUGAACGAGGAGAGAACUAUACAAACGACGGCACAGAGUCUCAGAAAACCCAGAGCGAGCACCGUGUGGGCCUGGAGAUCCUGAGCAUCUGUGACCCCCGCCUGCUGUACAGAAAUCAGGCCUAACGACAGAAUCACACGCAGAAGAGCGGAAAAGACACAGCUCUACAACUCACAAAACUGAAAUCGAAUCCCUGCUUCACUGUUAAUUUAGCCAGGUGAUUUUAACAAACUGUUCAAACUGCUAGACUUCCAUUUCCUCAUCUCCAAAAUGGGCAUAAUAACAUUUAAGUCAGGAUUCCUACAUAAACUAAGAUAACGUGGUGAUCCUCAGAGGUGUGCAGAGGGCUUGGCAGGGGAAGGGCUGGGUGCUCUUUGAGGGGCGUGAGGGUUUGGAAGACUCCCAGAAAGCACUUUAAAGUGUACAUUUAAGUAGUCUUAGAGCACAGCCUCUCCAUUUUACAGAUCUGCAAGCUGAGACCUCAAAAGUUUGUGCAGUUUUCCCAAGAUAGCAUGGAGAGUUAGAUGCAAGGCCAGGAUUUGGGUCUAGAAUCCAGGGAUCCUGGUUGCCCAGCAUAUUACACUAGUAUAUACACACAGUAGCUAUAAUUUGCUAAACAGGUUAUUGCCGUGUGCUAGGCAGGCUUGGAACCAAGGAGUUGAGCACCGUCCCAAACUGCCUCUCCAGGCGGGCUUGUUAGUUCUUAUUACUCUCUUGCUGAUGAUGGUGUUGAGCAAAUCCUCUUAUAAAUAAACAUGUAUUCCAUGGA